CACCAGCUGACUAGUUUGUUUACAUUCGUUGGUGGAAGGUGGUGGGUGCUGCUGCGAGACCAGACCAGACCGACCCAUUUAGCGGCCUUGCCUAACCUCAGUGAGCAAGAUGCCGUUUAUGAAGGGUCGAGCACCAAUCCGGCGAACACUUCAGUACCUGAAUGCGUCGAAACUCGUGCUGCGAGAGAGAGUUCAGUUGGUGACGUUAAAUUACAACACAAUUGGAGACCACCAUAAGGGACUGCAGGAGUUUGUGUUCUGGCACCUACCACAACUACAGUAUAAAAAUCCAGAUAUACAGAUUGCCACUUUCAAGAACAUUACCCCAACACCAUUUAUACGUAUAUUUUUAGACGGUGGUGAGGAUGUCCUGAUGGAUGUGGACUCAAAGUCUCGUUCAGAAAUUCAUGAUCAUUUUAGGAAAGUCUUCUGCAAAACUGACAGCAAACUGGAUGAGGAAGAAAGGGAGCGUGACAGCCUCGACAACCCAGCAAAUUUUGGCUGGGGCUGUGAUCGGCAAUGCAUAUGCGAAGUGCCCGGCCAGGUACCCUGUCCAGGACUAAUUCCAUUGCCUAAAUUCAUGCGAGGCAAAUAUAAAAAUGAAUUACAAUAGUUUGAGUUGCACAUUUCAAUGUGGUGUACAGUAAUAUCAAGACAUUCUCUAUCUGUUUGGUGUAGUAAAUUUGUGUCUAUCUAAAGUGUUAAAUUUGUGUUUUGCUGACAAAGUAUUAAACUUAAGUCUAUACUUGAUCCACUUGGUCUUAAUUGCACCUAUUUUUCUAAUAAAAAAUAUGCAUAUA